AUGGGAGGAUACUCGCAGAGUGACAACAAAGGACCUACUCUACUCAUACUUACCUGUAUACUCACCUCUCUGGCUAUCAUAACGACCAGUUUACGUUGCUGGGUACGAUGGGGACACCGACAACUAGGAUUCGACGAUGGAGCAAUGGCUUUGACGACAGCACUUGCAGUAGCUCGCAUGUCCAUCCAAAUAGUCAGUGUCCGCUAUGGCAAUGGAAAGCACCGCCAAUUCGUUUCCGAUCACGACUACCAAACGAUCAACAUGCUCACCUGGUAUACACAAGUCUUGCUCUUCCCGACAAUCUGUUUGAUGAAAGUCUCGAUUUGCAUCUUGAUCUUGCGCAUCAAGGAUACACGAACUCUCAGAUAUAUCCUGGCUGUCGUCAUUACAGGGCUGAUCUUAACGAACUUCGAGUGCCUAGUGGUACUGCUUGCUGAAUGCUCACCACUCAGAGCAUACUGGGAUGGCACAUAUGCAGACCACUGCUGGCCUGCCAAGGUGCGGAUAUACAGCAUAUACCUUCAAGCAUGUUCGUAUCGCCACACACAACUGUUGUCUCAUACUGACGUCCUCCAGNCAUACUCAGUUGCAACUGAUGUGGUCUGUACCGUCCUACCCAUUCAUGUAGUCUGGAAGGUCAAGAUACCUUUUUCGACAAAAGCUGCAGUCUGUGGACUGAUGAGCCUGGGCUUGGUGUACGUUAUCGUAGCCGCAUUCGACAUCAUCGACGCUGACUCAUUCGUGAAGANNGCAACAAUCUGUUCAGCCAUCCGAGCAGCAUCUCUUGGAACCACGACCGACGAUCUAUCCUACGCCUACUGCAUCGCCGCGAUUUGGGCCAACACCGAACUCCUCCUAGGCAUCAUAGCAGCAAACCUCGCCCUCUCCCGCUCCAUCUACAAAUACUUCACCGAACGCGCACGAACAUUGACCUCCCACGCUUCUGGCUCACGAACAACACAUUUGCGUAAUAGCUUUGCGACACCAACACGUAUGGGUUACGUCAAGUCGCCUGAACCUACUUCGGUUGUUGAGACUGUGGGGUCGCCACGUAGUGAGGCGAGUGGGAUACCGCUGCGACCUUAUAGGAGUGGCACGGCACUUACUGGGAUGGAUGAUAUUGAGAAAGGAAUGAGGUAUUGA